AUGGAUGCUAAAAACGACGGUGAUGUAAAAACUGCUGAUCCUGAAAAGAACGAGGACUUUAGUAAAGCCAAAGAAAACGAAACUGGAACUUCCAGUGCCAAAUCUGGUGUACCAGCUAGUUCGUCCAAAACUGCAGUAAACGAUUUAGAUACUGUAGAAUCGCCCAAACAAAUCGAUGAAGAAGAUUCACCAGCAUGUCCGCGGUUGAAAAAUAACAAUCAACUAUAUUGUUAUGACCGAGAAACAGCGAAAACGUUGAUGUAUUUAAUAGACAGUAGAGAUCGGGAGAAAGUCUCAUCAUGGAUAAGAAAACUUGACACGAUGAAUGACAAGGAAGGAAUGUUAGAACGUGUGAUAUACGCUAAGUACCUAGUGGCUUCACUGAGUGGAUCGUUGGGAUUGGUGGAACCGUUCACGUCUAUGCCCCCGGAUAUUGUAAAACCUUUACAAAUGAUCUUACCACCAACUGUAUAUGCCGACCUGUUGAAAGACGAACCCGAGCCAGUUGUAAGGAAAAAAACAUAUGCUCAUAAAUUGCCGACUACGAAUAAUCCAUUGCUACUAGACAAAAAGUUUUAUGAACAACAAUUGUUUCCACCAGAAGGCAUCAUAUGCUAUGCUGCUGCUUUUAGCAUCAUAUGA